AUGCUCCGCGUGUCAUCACCGCUCACUUCCCGCCUGAGUACCCGCCAGCCAUUUUUCUCAAGUAGAUCCUUAACCCAGUUUCACCAACUCUACUCUUCCCGACCUCAACCCCAGCAUCAGCCUACAAAAUGUUGCUCGAAGAACGAGAAGGAGAGGGAGAAGGAGAAUGAGACUCAAAGAUCUGUCCUCACAUUAUCCUUCUGGUCAUCUAAAAGAGGCUGGAAGCGCGCAGCUGUCAACACCUUGCGCUGUCUGGCGGGGUGCACACUAGGUGAUUUCUCGGCGCUGUGGGUGCUCCAAAGUUUCUAUGGGCAUUGGGGGAUGGGUGCUAUUAUGGGUGUUUCCAUGGCGAGUGGAAUCACCACGUCAAUUCUCCUGGAGACUAUCCUCCUCCGACUGGGAGUGGACAAACUCCCCUGGGGACCGGCAUUUCGAACUGCGACGGGUAUGAGCCUCGUCUCCAUGCUGGCUAUGGAGACGGUGCAGAACCUGGUGGAUUUCCACCUCACCGGAGGUGUGGUGCUGUUGGAUGAUCCGCGGUUUUGGGCGGCUGCGCUGGUAUCGAUGGGUGCUGGGUUUUUGGCCCCGAUGCCGUAUAAUUAUUGGCGGUUGGUCAGGCAUGGGAAGAGUUCUAUGUCGGAUGACGCUUCUGCGAAAGCCACUCUAAUCUGGCCAGAAGCAGACUUGAGCUUGAAGCACGUGAAAUUUGUCCAAAAGAUUGCAUUCCGAGAGGAGGACUUGGCUAGGGUGCUGGAACCGUGGUAUCUGCUUACCAACGGGAAGGCCCGUCGUUCCAUCUUUGACAAGGGCCCACGGCAUGACGUCGGUUGUGCAAAUAUGUGCUUGUAG